AUGUGGAGACUAAAGAUCGGGGAGGGUGAUGACAACCCACUGCUGCGUACCACCAACGGCCACGUCGGCCGGGUGGUAUGGAAGUUUGAUCCUGACGCGGACGACCCCGAGGAGGUCGCCGCUGUGGAAGCCGCCCGCCGGGACUUCACCAGCCGCCGGCACCAGAUGAAGAACAGCUCCGACCUUCUCAUGCGCAUGCAGUUGUCCAAGUCAAACGGCCUCAAGACGAACCUUCCUGAUCCCAUCAAGCUUGAGCAGCAUGGCUAUGCCACACAAGAGGCCGUCUUGAUGUCUUUAAAGAGGGCCAUCAGCCGCUAUUCCACGCUCCAGGCAGAUGAUGGCCACUGGCCUGGGGAGUUCGCUGGCACUUUAUUUCUCUUGCCCAGCUUGAUUAUAGCAUUGCAGGUGACUGGAUCACUGACUACUGUGUUGACAUCUGAACAUCAAAAAGAGAUUCGGCGAUAUCUCUGCAAUCACCAGGCACGGGAGGGGCUGGAUUCACGUGGACCCAUGCUGCAAGCUCGGAGUUGGAUCCUGGACCAUGGAGGAGCAACUUUAACACCAUCUUGGGGAAAAUUCUUUCUUUCGGUCCUUGGAGUAUAUGAUUGGUCGGGGAACAAUCCAUUGCCACCAGAACUAUGGAUAGUACCGUAUUUCUUGCCGAUUCAUCCAGGGCGCAUGUGGUGUCAUUCUCGUUUGGUAUAUUUGCCCAUGUCAUACCUAUACGGGAAGAGGUUCGUUGGAACUACAACAUCAAUUGUACUAGACUUGAGGGAAGAGCUUUACACCUUACCAUACAAUGAGAUUGACUGGGACAAGGCUCGCAAUGGGUGUGCCAAGGAAGAUCUCUAUUAUUCCCAUUCACCACUGCAAGAUAUCGUAUGGGCUACUCUCAGGAAAAUUGGUGAACCAAUAUUUCUUCACUGGCCUGGCAGCAAUUUGCGGAAGAGAGCUCUAGACAAUGUCAUGAAACAUAUAAAGUACGAGGAUGAAACUACUCAAUACUUAUGCAUUGGUCCUCUAAAUAAGAUGUUGAAUAUGAUUUGUUGCUGGGUAGAAGAUCCAAACUCAGAGGCAUUCAAACUCCAUGUUGAAAGAAUAUAUGAUUUCUUAUGGGUCGCCGAAGAUGGCAUGAAGUUGAAGUCUUACAAUGGCAGCCAACUAUGGGACACAGUUUUGACAGUUCAGGCUAUAUUUGCUACUGGCUUGACAAAAGAGUUCCCCCAUACAAUAAAACUUGCCCAUGACUAUAUAAAACGCUCACAGAUUUGUGUGAAUUUUCCUGGAGAUCAAAGCAAGUGGCAUCGUCAUAUAUCUAAAGGUGGAUGGACACAUUCAACUGCUGACCAUGGGUGGCCAGUAUCAGACUGUACUGCAGAAGCAUUGAAGAUGUCCACUUCGUCGCCCCCAUCCUUCUCCGUGUGCGAAGGUGUUGGGGUCCCAAGCAGAGGGUGUGGGGCCUCACAAGCUAUACUAUUGUUGAUUAAGCUUCCUCCUAAAUUGGUUGGCGAGCCUAUGGAAACAAGCAGGCUUGAUGAUGCAAUCAAUAUUCUAUUGUCUUGGAUGAACGACGAUGGUAGUUUUGGUGCAUAUGAGCUAACAAGAUCUUAUGAAUGGCUUGAGUUGCUCAAUCCUUCCGAGAGCUUUGGGGACAUAAUGAUCGAGCAUUCGUACGUUGAGUGUACAUCAUCAGUAAUUCAGGGUCUAGUGUUAUUUAGAGAAAUGUACCCCAAACAUUGUCGCAUGGAAGAGAUAGAAAAUUGUAUCCAAAAGGCUGCAGACUACAUUGAGAGCAUCCAAAGGAGUGAUGGAUCAUGGUACGGCUGUUGGGCUAUUUGUUUUACCUAUGGUACAUGGUUUGGGGUGAGAGGAUUGAUUGCUGCAGGCAGAACGUACAAGAAUAGCCAAGCAAUCAGAAAAGCAUGUGAAUUUCUGCUAUCCAAGGAGCUUCUCCCAUUAGGGGGGUGGGGAGAAAGUUACCUCUCCGGUCAAGACAUGGUUUACACCAAUCUUGAAGGCAACCGGGCUCACGCAAUCAACACUAGUUGGGCCAUGUUGGCCCUAAUUGAUGCCGGACAGGACCAAAGAGAUCCUGCAUCUCUACAUAGGGCAGCCACGGUUCUGAUCAACUUCCAGUCGGAGGAUGGAGAGUUCCCUCAGCAAGACAUUAUUGGAGUUGCCAACCGCAACCUUAUGCUCACUUACGCCCAAUACAGGAACAUCUUCCCUAUUUGGGCUCUUGGAGAGUACUACCGUAGAAUGGUCCUGACAACAUAA